UGAGAAAAAAAACAGAAUGGGUGGCGUGAAGAGGAAGAUUGCUAUAGAGAAGAUACAGAACAAAAAUCCACGAGCGGUUUCAUUCUCCAAACGUCGUAAGGGUCUGUAUAGCAAAGCUUCUGAACUUUGUCUUCUCUCGGACGCAGAGAUUGCGAUCAUAGCGACUCCUGUUUCUUCUAAUUCCAACGCCGCUUUCUACAGUUUUGGCCACUCCUCUGUUGAUAAUGUCGUCGCUGCUUUUCUCGCCAAUCAGCGUCCUUGUGAUGAAAGGUUUUGGUGGGAAGAUGAGAGUCUUCUAAAAUCAGAGAAUCUGGAGGAGUUGAGAGAGGCGAUGGAUUCAAUGUCGACUAUGUUGCGAGAUCUCAAGGAGUUGGAGAAGCAAAGAGAUCAUCAAACGCAAACCCUAAUUCAUCAGCCGUGUUCUGCAAGGGUUUGCAUUCAAGAUUAUGUAACUGUGAAUUUCGAUGGGUUUAACACGGAAGAGCAAACCCUAGCGGUUUCUGACAAUAGUAACAACAACGGUUUACUUGGAAACUUGGAUGAGUGCAAUGAAGAUUUUGAUGAUCUCGAUCAAAUCUUCGAUACGGUGACAAACUCUGAAUUUUUAUCGGUGAAUUUGGAGAUGGAUGAUGUAACUGUGAAUUCUGAAGGGAACACGGAAGAGCAAACCCUAGCGGUUUCUGACAAUAGCAACAACAACGGUUUACUUGGAAACUUGGAUGAGUGCAAUGAAGAUUUUGAUGAUCUCGAUCAAAUCAUUGAGUAUUUGACAAGCUCUGAAGCUUUAUCCAUGAAUUUAAAGAUGGAUGAUGUCUGA